AUGUUAACCAAAUACUUGCAGAAAGAUGCAUGGUCUGAAGAAGAAGACAGGGUAUUGAUUGCAAUUCACAAAGAAGUUGGAAAUAAAUGGUCAGAAAUAGCGAGAAGAAUGCCUGGAAGGAGCGAAAACACCAUAAAAAACCAUUGGAAUGCUACCAAAAGGAGGCAGCUAUCAUCCCGAAAGCGUGGCAAGCCUAAGUACCAAUCCCUCUUGCAAGAAUACAUCAGGAGUGUAUCUUCAUCCUCCUCUUCAUCUGUGAAUCAAAUCAACAUUAAAGAAAAUAAUGUGAAGAAAACUCAGAUGGUUAGUGCCCCUAUCACUUCUCUGCAGACAAACUUCUCAUAUGCAGAUGUGAAUGGCUCAUCUUCAUCUUCUUUAGAAGAUUACAGUUUAGGUGCUAUGAUGGGUUAUAUUCCAGGUGGAUCGAUGCUUCAUGAAAGCAGUUUGGAGUUCGAUCUUGGGCCGUUUCAUUUGAGUAGUCAGUUGGAAUUUGAUUUGAAGAAGGAGAUGGAUUUUCUGGAGAUGCUCUAUCAAUAGUGUGUGUUCAAAUAGGCA